CGCGCGUUCACUCUAUGGGUGAAUUGCGCAGAGAAGGUGAAAUUAUAUACAUAAACAAAAAAGAAAAACGAAAGAGGAGGAGAUUGACGAUCCUGAUGUACAGCACGUAUUGGCAUUGAUUUCGAACUACUGCUCGUUGUGCCUGCGUGAUAGUAAAGCCUCGACGAUCUUCGUGCAACUUCGAUCCAAAUUUGAAGUGUUAAGUAGACCACCCGGAGGUCGUGCUGGACAUUAAGACGGCCUAGAAAUUUUGUUGAAUAAAUGAAACGUGUUUAUUUCUAUGGUGACCAAGAACCUCAUGCUGACGAACCACAAAUAAUCGAACUGCUGUCGAUAAAAAUACCACCUCUCCACAGUGCUCUACAGGCAGCCCGCGACACAGUUUCAUCUUUUUAUCACCAUAAGCUUAUGUUCAAGAAAGAUUGCACUGCUCAUCUCUAUUUGUUCUCGUCGCGACCCAGAAUCCAUAAUAUUCGAUAAUUUCUUGUUUGAAAAGCUUGUUUUUUUACUGCCCCAGUUGUAAGUAGACUUUCUCGAAGAUUUUUAACGUGAUCAUAAACUUCUUUGGUGCAAAGGACGAUAAAAAAUCACCUUGACAUAAACCAUCGAUUGUGUGGCGUCUAACCGACAUUCGCGAGUCUCGCAGCAGCAUCUUCUUCUUCACACACGAUGGCGAGCUUCAAACCAGAGGACGAGCUCUUCGGCCAGAGUGGCGGGGUAUAAUUUCAAUGGGAUUUUUUUUGUUGCCUUGCGAGUACAUCAGCCUAGAAAUGCAUGACAAGAGUCUGCUAUCUUCAUGCUGAAGCUGAACAGCAAUGACUACUUAGAUAAAACUAUGUAAAUCGGUGAACCAUCAAAUUUUUUUUCUCGAAUCAUAUGAUCAAAGAAACCUCAAUUUGUCGAAUUAUCGUAUCAACAGGGCAUGGGUGAUAAGGGUGAGGAGGACGUGACAAGGCAGUAUAUCCACAUCCGAAACCAGCAGCGUAAUGGGAAGAAGUCUUUCACCCUAAUCACGGGCGUACCCGCGUGCUUUAACCACAAGAAAAUCGUGAAGUACCUGAAAAAAAGUCUCAACUGCAACGGCAACAUCGUAGAGGAUGACAACUUCGGGUAUACAUGAUGGGAGUUUUUUUUUAGUGUCUCGUUGAUGUAUUUUUAGCAUGACAAAAUUCUGUGUGCUUGCUUUAUCGCAUGACAAUGUUAAUGUUUAAUAUUCGACAAAGAAAAUCAAAAUCUGUUAUGGUGAAUCUUCCAUCAGGACCGUCAUCCAGCUACAGGGGGACAAGAGAAACGACGUCGCAGCGUUUCUGUAUGAGGAGGGUAUCGCGGAGAGGGAUCAGAUCAAGAAGCACAUGAACUAGAGGUUGACUGCACCUGCUCAGGGUUUGCUUUUACUACGGCGGCUUUGCGAGCAAGUACUAGUUCAUCACCAGCAGCAAACUUUCUAAUACUACUAGAACAAUUUCUAGUACUCCGACAAAAAUGAACAACAACAAACAACAAUCAAAUCUCACUUCGCUGCGCUCCUGCACGACGACCAUAAGCGAAGUUGAAGUCGUGGUGCUAGUGUGUGCUAUGUAAUCGACUCUGCACGUUCUAGAGAAGGUACGACGAGAAGACUACUGGAUGGUGGAUGUUGCACCAACAACUUCGGCACCGAUUUUCUAUAGGCCAGGCGCGGAGCAGAUGCAGAAUAGAUGAAGUGGAGAUGUUGAGCCGACGAGGAAUCAUGCUCUGCUUCGCUGCAUUAUACCAAAAUGAAGUACGGCACGGAGGCCACGCAUGAUGAACAAGCAGCAAUCGACCAAAACGAUGAACAAGCAGCAGAGUCGUUGAUCAUCUCCGACCAGCUUCAACAUUUCCUGGUGAAGUGCGGCUGGAUGGUUGAACGAACACGAAGCAAACUAAGUUGUAGGAUGUUUCCCUGUCGGCACAUCAACUUUUAUCAUGCAAUCUGUUCUUGCAGCUUCUAGCAGUGGAAAUCGGAAAGACAAGAGCACAUUGCAACACGACCGAGACUAGCACCAGCAAAUAGCUACCACACAGAGACAAUCUUUUUCUUCUUUGGAAGAAAGAGUGACAAACCGAACCAACAUGUAGUAGAAACGCGCAGGAGCAAGAAGUAGAGAACGAAAUGCAAUUGACACACUAUAUACAAAUCGGAGAACAAUGAU